AAUUAUUGCUCUCUCUAUUUCUUAACUUUCUUCUUUUAAUAAAAAUGUCUUUCUUCAAAGGUUCUUCUAUUUCAUUUCUUCGUAAUUUAAUUAUUGGUCAAACUCGGCAAUACACGUUUUCAAAACUGUUUAACAACAAAAUGUCUACAAAUAAUUCUAAUUUAUUAAAUGGAUUUAGUCCUACUCACGUUGAGCGAGAAAAUUACAAGGGAAAUUCGAUUUUAAAAGAUUCUGUGGACAGUGUUGACCCAGAGAUUUAUGCUCUUCUUAAAAAAGAAAAGGAAAGACAAAAACUUGGAAUUCAUUUAAUCGCUAGUGAAAAUUUUACAAGUAAAGCUGUUAGUGAAACUGUUGCUUCUUGUUUAACAAAUAAAUAUUCAGAAGGAUAUCCUGGUGUUAGAUAUUAUGGUGGAAAUGAAUAUAUUGACCAAGUUGAGAAUAUUUGUAAAAAGAGAGCUUUACAGCUUUUUGGAUUAAAUUCUGAGAAAUGGGGUGUUAAUGCACUUUCUGGUUCUCCGGCUAAUUUUGCCGUUUAUACUGCUAUUGUUGAACCUCAUGGACGUUUAAUGGGUUUAGAAUUAACAGAUGGUGGACAUUUAACACACGGAGUUAAUCCAAAUACAGGAUUAAUAGACUAUGAUUUAUUAGAACAAAAUGCUCUUUUAUUUAGACCUAAAUUAAUUAUUGCUGGAAUAAGUUGUUAUGCUCAAUUAUUAGACUAUAAACGUUUUCGUGAAAUUUGUGAUAAAUGUGGGGCCUUUUUGAUGGCUGAUAUGGCACACAUUGCUGGUUUAGUUGCUGGGGGUGCAAUUCCCUCACCUUUUAAUUAUGCUGAUAUUGUUACAACAACAACACAUAAAACUUUGAGAGGACCUCGUGGUGCUUUAAUUUUCUUUAGAAAAGGUGUCAAAUCAAUUAAUAAUAAAGGAGAAAAAACUUUUUAUGAUUUUGAAUCAAAAAUAAAUUCUGCUGUCUUCCCAGGACUUCAAGGAGGGCCACACAAUCAUUCAAUUGCAGCUAUUGCUGUAGCGUUAAAGCAAUGUUUAACAAAUGAAUUUGUUGAGUAUUCACAUCAAAUAUUAAAAAAUGCAAAAAUUUUGGCUAAUUCUUUACAAAAUAAAGGAUAUACUUUAAUUACUGGGGGAACACAAACACAUUUAUGUCUUUUGGAUUUACGUCCAAAACAUUUAGAUGCAGCUAGGAUUGAACAUAUUCUUGAUUUGGUACAUAUUGUGACUAAUAAAAAUACUUGUCCAGGAGACAAAAGUGCCCUAAAACCAGGUGGAAUUCGUCUUGGAACUCCAGCAAUGACUUCUAGAGGUUUAAAAGAAAAAGAUUUUGAACAGAUUGCUGAAUUUAUAAACAAGGCAAUUGAAAUUUAUCAAAAAAAUGAAGAAAUUUUUGUUGAAGCAAAAACUUUAAAAGAAUUUAAACAAAUAAUUGCAAAUAACGAGAAAUUUAAAAAUGAAAUUAAUUUGUUGGGGAAGGAGGAAAUGUCAAUAACAACAACAAAUUGGAUUCGAGCAGCUUCGGUUAUUCUUUUAAAUAUUAAACAAAAUAAAAUGUUAAUAUUACAAAGAGGUUCUUCAGCUAAAUUUAUGCCUAAUUCUUUUGUUUUCCCCGGUGGAGUUGUUGACCCUUUAGAUUUUAAAUUUCCAAUUGAAAAAACAAAUUUUGAUAAAUUAAUAAAUAAAUAAAAAUUCA